AUGGCCGUGACAGACUUCUUGGUAAUCGUAACUGCAGUGCUGUUAAACAGGCUUCCUGGCAUUUAUUUUCCUGGUAGCUUCCUGUCCAUUACCCCCAUAUGCCGUCUAACUAUUGCUUUAAUUUAUGCAUCCAGAGACAGUUCUGUGUGGUUGACAGUUGCUUUCACUGUUGAUCGAUUUGUGGCUAUAUGUUGCAUGAAGUUCAAAACAAAAUAUUGUAAUGAUAAAAUAGCAGCUUUCAUUAUAGGAAUGGUUUGUUCAUUAGGAUGUCUGAAAAGUGUUCCUUGGUAUUUUAUACAUGAACCAAUUUACCUCAUUAACGGUGUUCCAUGGUAUUGCAGUGUGAGAAAAAUCCGUUACACUUCUACAGUAUGGAGAGUAUUUGACUGGUUUGACCGCAUUUUGACUCCAUUUACACCAUUCUUUCUCAUUCUUCUGCUUAAUGUUCUAACUGUCAGAUACAUUAUAGCAACCAGUAGAUCCCGCCAGAGGCUUUGGGCUAGCAAAAAUAAAGAGAAUCAGAUGGACCCAGAAAUGGAGAGCCGGAGAAAAUCCAUAAUUUUACUAUUUGCUGUUUCGGGCAGUUUUAUCUUAUUGUGGAUAACAUACGUCAUACAAUUUUUAUAUGAGCGAUUUACAAAUGAUUAUCAGAUUAGGGGCUUUAGCGAUCCAAAAUUUCUUCUCCAGGAAAGUGCAAAUAUGCUCCAGCUGCUGAGUUCUUGCACCAACACAUUUAUUUAUGCUAUAACUCAGUGGAAAUUCAGGCAGGAGUUAAAGAAUCUGUUCAAAUAUUCACUGAGCUUUUUAGCCAUAUCAAUUAAAUAA